CGGAGUCUUAAAUGAUUUUGUCUUUUUUCUUUCUUUUGUUAUUGUCUUUUACUUGUUGAUUAUGCCACGAUGAUUGACAGGAUCAUAGAUCAAGUGGUUGAUGAAUUAGCUUUGGAAGGAGAAAAUGGUUGUAAUUUUGAUCAACUGUGGAUACAUGUCAAGACGAUUGUAGAAGAGAUCACUCAAGAGUUACCCAACAAGAUACCCAUUAAUAUCAAUGACCAAUACAGGACUUAUCUGUGGACAUAUUUGAAAAGCAAUAAAGAUGUGUUAUUCUUUCAAGUAAGCCAAGCAGCGGGGAAGCAUAGAUAAAAUGAAUAACUCAUACAUAAAUAACUCAGAAUGGAAACAAACUUGACAUUGAUAGCUUGACUUGGACUGAUAUCAUAGCCAUCAAAG